AUGGCGGCUCUGCUGAAGUCUAAGUAUGAGAAUGCAAUAGUUGGGCCACGUGCGAGUCAGCUACCUGCGAUUGUUCUGUCCGAAUAUAAUAUUACAGCCUCGUACUGGAAAUGCUGGAAAGCUAAGGAGCUGGCUAUAUACUCUGCUCACGGAACAGAGGAGACUUCUUUCAAAUUAUUACCGAUUUACCUCCAUGUGCUCAAGUAUGCUAACCCCGGCACCAUAACGCAUUUGAUAACCGAGAGCGAGAGAGAUGAAAAAGAAGGAAAAUGUAUUACCAGGUUUAAGUCCGUAUUUAUGGCAUUGGCUGCGUGUAUAUCUGGAUGGAAACAUUUGAAACAAGUAGUUGUUGUUGAUGGGACUCACCUCACUGAGUCUGACAAGACGUGGAGGUGGUUCUUUGAGAAGUUGUUAGAAAUUAUUUCAGAUUCCUCUGAUCUUACUAUUAUCUCGGAUAGGCACGGUGGAAUUGCCAAAGCUAAAAAGAAAUGGUAUCCACAGUCACACCACGGUGCAUGUCUUGUCCAUAUCCAGAGAAAUGUUCACGGUAAAUUCAAAGGUUCCGGUCAGAAAGGGUUGGUCGGAAAGGCUGGAGAAGCGUUCACAGUUUCUAAUUUCAAGAAACUAUACGCAAGGCUGAAGGAUGUUGAUUAUGGUUGUUGGGAGUACAUGGAAAAAAUCCCUCUUGCGCUGUGGACUAGAUCACACUUUUCUGGUCAGAGGUAUAAUAUGACCUCCAGUAACAUUGCAGAGUCUCUGAACAAUGCACUAUUAGCUCCAAGAGACAGUCCAAUCAUUGUAAUGCUAGAAUUUAUCAGGCGAAUGUUAAGUAGGUGGCUUGAAUGCAGAAGAGAGACCAUUCAAAAGAUGGAUGGUGACAUUACAGAAGCGGUUGACAAGUUAAUGAAUCUGCAGCAGCAAAAGUCUGAUGCACUCUCGGUUCAAGGCAUUUCUUUGUGGGAGGUUGAAGUGAGUUCUGAGUUCGGUGAACGGAGGCUUGUUGAUCUCCUAAAAAAAACAUGCUCAUGUCUAGAGUUUCAGACAUUGAAAUACCCUUGCCGACAUGCAAUGGCCGCGGCUAGGCUUCGCCAAGUGGAUUUCUGGCAAAUCCUACCAGUGCCCGACCCUGACGACAUUCGUAUCCCAGCAGAGGUGCGUGACCUUAUUAUUAUGCCACCUAAGGCAAAGCGUCCAUCAGGAAGGCCUACGACGAAGAGAAAACUUUCAGCAGGAGAGUAUCCUCAGGUUGCGAAAAAAAAAGAAGCCAAACAAAUGCUCUAG